CACACACACAGACAUUGUGCUGGAAUUGCAUUGGGAAGGUUAAGAGAGACAGCGCCAUGAUGAGAGGGGAUGUGUUGUGCUGCUGCAGCAGCAAUGAUUGGUCAAAGCCACCUGCCGUACGCUGAGCUUUAGCUCAGUGGUAAAGGCUAAAAGGUAUUGAAACAGGUUUGUGUCACAGGAUUACAGGGCGGAGGCUGCCAGGGCUGUAUGCGGAGUGAUAUGCAAUGGAGUUGUUUGAAGAGGAGCUCACCUGCCCCAUUUGUUGCUGCUUAUUUGAAGAUCCACGAGUUCUUCCCUGCUCACAUAAUUUCUGCAAGAAAUGUUUAGAAGGUAUCCUGGAAGGAAGUGGCAGGUCAAUGCCGUGGAGAGUCCCUUUCAAAUGUCCAACCUGCCGUAAAGAAACUCCUGCUGCGGGAAUUAACAACUUGCAAGUAAACUAUUCACUACGAGGAAUAGUAGAGAAGUACAACAAAAUUCGGAUUAUACCUAAAAUGCCAAUCUGCAGACAGCACAGUGGACAACCUCUGAAUAUCUUUUGCUCAACCGAUCUUCUACUAAUUUGCGGGUUUUGUGCGACAAUGGGAGAUCAUGAAGGUCAUUCCUUCUGUGCUAUUAAAGAUGCCUAUGUGGAGGAGAGAGAAGCUUUUGUUGGGCUUUUCCGUGGAUUGGAAACCUGGCAUUCUGCUGAUGUAUGGUCUUGUUUAGAGACUUUAGAAAGCAACAAGAAAAAAUCCCUACAAUCGAUAAGUAAGGAUGCAGAUAAGGUUAUGGAAUAUUUUACAAAGCUGCAGCACACUCUGGAGCAGAAGAAGAAUGAAAUUCUUUCAGAUUUUGAAACCAUGAAGCUUGUGGUGAUGCAGGCAUAUGAUCCAGAGAUAAAUAAAUUGAAGUUGAUCCUUGAAGAACAGAAAAGGGCUUUUGCUAUUGCAGAAACCUUUCGAGAUGUCACUGAUCCAGUCUUAUUUCUGCAGCAGAUGCAGGAGUUCCGCAAUAAAGUCAAAGUCAUCAAAGAAACUCCAUUGCCUUCCUAUAUGGUUGCUGAAGUGCAUCCAGUAAUGAAAAACUUCAACACUUGCCAAUGGGAUAAUGUGAGACUGAAGGAUGUUGAUAAAGUCACUUUACCCACAGAGAAUUAUACAUUCAGAUUCAAGCCCACUAGUAGCAACUCACAUACAUUCCUUGCAAUUUCAUUUGUCUGUCUCCUCAUAUUUUCUAUUGUGGCAUUUUAUCAUAGUGAUCUAGUGAUUCAGAUGUUUGUAUCUCUGAAAACUCAUCUGUACACAUGUGCUAGUUCAUUGUAUGAUAAAAUGGAACCAACCUACUUCACAGGCUUCUUUUGGGGUGAGAUUGUUGAUGUAGUUUCACUUGUAUAUCAAGCCUGUAAAAAUAAGUUUCAGUGGCUUUUGGAAAACAUGGAAUAUUUGGAGACCAAAUGCAAACUCUUUUAGACAAAGCAAAAUAUCACUUCUACAAAAUCACAGCUAUAGUGUAUACCAUCAAAGAGUUGGAUUUAUAUUGGAUAUCCAGGCUUAUUUUUCUUUUAGAAAUGUGUAUGAGAAAUUACAAUGUUCCCAUAUUUUGAACGAAUUAGCAUCUCACUGAUAAGUAGAAAUUCAAGUAGAAUAGGAAAAUCUAUAUGAUGUACGGUUGUUGUAAGAUCCACCAUAUUAACAAAUAUGCAACAUUUUAAUGUUCUUUACUAGUGAGCCCACAGGACCAGGGAAGAUUGAACAUAGAUAGCAGUUUCCCUGCUCAGACUUCAUUUUUUUCCCCUUUUACUUGGAGAUUUAUAAAAAGCUGUUCUAAAACAGAAUGCCUGCUGUGAAUAUUAAUUGUCAUUCACCUACUGCUUUUGCCUGCGUCAUAUAAUACAGAACUUGCACCAGUGAAGUAAAUGCUCACAUUUAGUAAAUAAAGAAGAUCAGUGCAGUUUUCCUCAAAUUUUGGUUCUCACUACUAUAGGUUCUUGCCUCAGAUAUGAUUUUAUAUCCAAAAUAUUAAAGAGGUUAAAUUGCUAUUAAUUUCUAGAAAAACAAUACGUCCAUUUAUUUUUUAAGUAGUAUAGACUGGAGGUAGUUGCCACUCUAUGGUAAAUUUACCUACCUUGGAAAUGUGUAUUUAUUAUAGGAGGUUAUAAGCAUAUGCUCCAAAUUCAGUAUGAUGAAUUGAACGAGAUAAAAUAACUUUAUGUUUUAUUUAGUAGUUGUGCUCACAGGUCCCAUGUGUUGAUGUUUUUUCCUACUGGAAUGCUAUCCCCCAUCUGCUGCUGUCAUAAUAAUAAUAAUCCUUGCAUUUGAUAUAGCGCCUCAUCACAUUGUUGAGAUGUCGCAAAGCGUUUCACAGAAUAUACUGCAAAGUGAAUUGAUUGUAUAUUUAGUCAGCGAAAGUGGCAGCCAAUUGUGCAUAAAAUAAGUUCAUAAAGUUUUGGAAGCCAAGCAGACUGAUUCCUUCAUGAAAGCCCAGUCUUAGGACCUUCAAGAGUGCCUCACAGAUCUGAGGGAGAAGAUUCAUUAGAUACCAGCAUCUUUCACAAUGUGUUUAAACUUCAGGAAAAUUAUGUAAGGCUCCAAAGACGGAGAAAUCUCCCAAAUUUGAUUUGAAAAAAAUAACAAAUGUGACAUCUCAGAAUCAGGGGUUCUGCACCCUUGUAUGAAACUGCCUGAAACCAGAUGUGCCAAGGGGAAGAUCAGAAGUGUGUGCAACCUCCUUGAUGCUGGAAAUGUUCCUACCAGCAUGCUUCCCACUGAAAAGCAAUGGAUUGCCUUAGAGAACUGCCUACAGCAGAUAGAGUCGUCUCCAUUUCUUCAAGAUUGUUCUUACACUGGCAGUCUUCAAACAAACCAUCAGUGAUGGGAGGCCAAAGACUGGAUUGAAACCAAUGGAUUGCCACGAAAAUGUGGACCACAAACAAGCAGCACUCCAGCCAGUAAUAUAGUGUGAGGGGCACUUAAAAAUAUGACUCAAUUUAAGAAUGAUUUCUCAAACUUCAAUAGAACUGAAACACUGUGCCAUGGAGUACUAUGCCAUUGCAAUGGUCUGCUUACAUUCGAGCAGGCCCUGGGUGUCAUAAGGACAACUAAUGUCUAUGUUUGACCAAAAUGAAUCCAGUAGCAUUUCCUGUUUAUGUGUGAAUAAAUGUGUGAGUAAACUAGAAUACAGUUAUGUAGGGAACAUUUCUGUUUGAUUGUGAAUAAAUGUUUUGUCACUGCUUA